AUGGUGGGAUUGGAAUUCUUGGAUUGUUCUUACAACAAUCUUACUAGUGAAAUCCCAAAGUCACUUGAAGCACUCUUACAUCUCAAGUACUUUGACAUCUCUUUUAACAAAUUAACGGGAGAAAUUCCUAGUGGUGGUUCUUUUGCAAACUUCACCGGUCAAUCUUUCAUGUCUAACGAUGCACUCUGUGGUGCUCCUCGCUUUAAUGUGUCGCCAUGUUUCCUCAAAUUCACUAAGAAGUCAAGAAGAAAGAAAACACUUGUAGGACUAUAUAUCGUAUUAGGUAUUGGAUCAACGUUUCUUGCAUUGGUCCUCAGAUAUGUGUUGUUAAGAUGGAGAAAGAAAAAGAAGAAUCCAGGUCAAACCGAAGUAACUUUGGUGAAAAGACAUGAAAGAAUAUCUUAUCAUGAACUUCAACAAGCAACAGGCGGAUUCAGUGGGAGCAACUUGCUUGGUACUGGGAGUUUCAGCAUGGUGUACAAAGGGAUACUUAAAUACGGGACUCUUUUGGCAGCAAAGGUAUUCAAUGUGCGAUUGGAGGGAGCGUUCAAGAGCUUUGAAACAGAAUGUGAGAUACUACGCAACCUUCGCCAUCGAAAUCUCACAAGAGUGAUCACUAGUUGUUCCAACCAAGACUUUAAAUCCUUAGUAUUGGAAUACAUGCCCAAUGGAACACUUGAUAAGUGGAUACACUCUCAUGACUUGUUCUUAAACAUCUUGCAGAGGCUAGAUAUUAUGAUAGAUGUGGCAUCAGCAUUAGAUUAUCUCCACAACGGGUAUCCAACACCUGUGGUGCAUUGUGACUUGAAGCCAAGCAAUGUCUUGCUAGAUCGAGGCAUGAUUGCCCAUCUGAGUGAUUUUGGCAUUGCAAAAUUGCUAGCUGAUGGGGAGACUUUUGUCCAAACAAGGACUAUUGCAACCAUUGGAUACAUUGCUCCAGAUAUUAUGUUAGCAGUGCAAACUUUUAUACUGCAUACCAAACAUUUGUAUUAG